AUGGCUGAACUACAGCGGCUCAGGGAGCAGGAGAUCCCUGCUGCUCGGAAGGCCCUGAAGGACAACGAAAGCAGCCUCCAUAAAGUGGCUGACUACUGUGAGGAUAACUACCUCCAGGCGCAGGACAAGAGGAAGGCGCUGGAGGAGACCAUGGCCUUCACCACUCAAUCCCUGGCCAGCGUGGCCUACCAGAUAAGCCACCUGGCCGGACAACUUCUGCGCCUGCUGGACCUGCAGACCACCGGGCUUCGCCAGGUGGAGGCUGAAGUCUGCACCCUCUCCCAGACGGUGGGCAUGCACAUAGAGAAGGUCGCCCGCCGGGACAUAGGCACUUUGGCCGCCGUGCAGAGACCGGCAUCGCACAAGAAAAUCGCUUCCCCAGAAACCUUGCCCACCCGGGGGCCCUACUACCGGAAACCCAUCAACUUCGGCAGCCUGGACCACGUUGGACACGGGAUCAAGGAUCUGAGCACUCGGCUGUCCCGGACGGGAACUCUGUCUCGCAAAAGUGGCAAGGCCGGAGCAGCCCCCGGCUCAGGCACUCUGGGGCGGGCGGCCCGGGUCCCUGAGCCGGUCCAGUUGCCCAUCGUGCCCGAGGGGAAGCUCUCAGCCACCUCCUCUCCCUCCUCACUGACCUCUGGCAGCAGCAUCGAGGGAGCCUGCAGUGGUCACUCGGCCAAAGGGUUUACUGACCCUCCGCCCCCACCUUUCGUGCCCCCGGCUCGUCCCUCUGACUGCAACUCUCUGCCACCUCCGGUCCCAGAGGUCUUGGAGCAGCUCCCCUUGCCUCCACCCCCUCCCCCACUGGGAGACCCCUCCUCACUCAACCCAGCAGAGUUCAUCCCUCCCCCGCCUCCGCCGCUGCCAGAGCUGGUUGUCCCUCUUCCUCUGGACCUGCUGCCCCCUCCUGAGCCGGAGAUCCUAGACCUGCCACCCCCUCCACCCCCCAGCUUCGGCCCCGAAGAAACGGCCUGGGAGCCAGACCACUAUCUGGAGAAAGUGGUGACGCUGUACCCCUACACCCGGCAGAAGGACAACGAGCUCUCAUUUGACCCCGGGACCAUCAUCUGUGUCACCCGCCGCUACUCUGAUGGCUGGUGUGAGGGGGUCACUGCCGAGGCUGCUGGCUUCUUCCCGGGGAACUACGUGGAGCCUUACUGAGUGCCCCCCAUCUGCCCCUCCUACUCCCCUCAGCACCCCACCCCUCUGAAGACCCCCAGAGCUCACGCCCUUACUCAGGGGCUCUCCUCCACUCUGCCCUUCUGCCCUCCAUGUAACUGCAGGUUAGAGAACGGGUCUGUUUGUUGUUGUAUUGUCCUCUCCAGUGCUCAAUAAAUACAA